AUGACCCCGAGCUUGGUCCUGGCUCUUGUUGCGUCAUUCUUCACUGUUCCUCUUGUCGCUCUCCACAGCCUCCUUGCCUGGCAAUACAACAAGGUUGUAGGGUUCGCGAGUCAGAAAGCUUUGCUGAAUGCCGCUUGUACCUACAUCCUCCGACUUACGAUACUCAUUUGGAUCGCUGCCAGUGCCGCAGGAUUGGUGUUGGUUUCGCAGCAGAUGUACUGCCUGGCUGAUGACGGUGGUGGUGACUUCUGGAAGAUCGGUAUUAGUUGCGCGCUUCAAAGGGCUUCUGUCAUUGUUUCGAUUAUAUCAUUCGUGACCGUGUGUCUUUUCUUCUGCUCAAGAGAACUUUGCGAGCGUCCGUACGACAUAUCUCUUCUCGGUGUAUACAAGCCACAAUUAUCGUCAUACGAUGACAAAAUGUCUGCCAGCUCAACUAUGGGAAGCCACGUCAGUCUGGAAAAUGACAUCUAUCACGUUUGCCGCCGGCCUGAUGUGACAUUUGGGCGCGACCUGUACCUGUCAUCAAGCAGCAACUCCAUAUGUAAAGCUGGUAGUAUUGAACACCCUGCAUCCGUAUAUGAGAAACCCCAGUUAAAGCUCGACACAAAAUGUGAAGCAGAGACCUCAGGGAUAUACUCUGGAACUACGCUCUCGGUUGAUGGCACGCCAUCCAAAAAUUCUUCCAGGGAUGGAACAAACUCCGAUGUCAGUUCGAAUGCCUCAACUACACCCCCCAAAGCCACGUUAAGGGCUCCUUUCGACUCUUAUCGCCCGGCUGUACUGGCAGAACUACCGGGAUCUCCGCAAAUCAAAAAUCAAAGGCACCAGGCCUCUGGAUCCCCGUUCUUCCGACUCCUUCCUACGGUUUUCGCAAGUCAGAUCUCGUUGUCAUCGGACCCUGACAUCCUUGCUCUCGCUGGUCCUGAUUCUGGUACGGAUGUUGAGCAACCAGCAGAGGAGAAGUCAACAGAGAUAAUCGAGCCACCGCCAACUCCCAAAAGGGAACAUGCCCCUGGACACCCGCUCGCAUCUUCCCCUGUGGAGCUUCCAUUCCCAACCUCUCCUCCAGUGGAGAGGUCUAUGUUUGCCAUGACGAACAGUAACCCUGAGCUUAAGUCGAGUCGGUCCGAAGGAAGCACGCUUCCACGAUCAAUAUCAAGCAGCUCCGCUGAUGCCCCCGAAGUUGUCGCGCCAGAGCCACUUAGAAUUCAGAGAUCCAACACUUCACACACAGCUCCAAUUACUAGCCAGUACAACUUCUCUCGGCCAAAACCUCCGGCUGUACCUCCGAUCCCGCCACGACAGCCAAAUCACAGCUACCAAGGCUCUCUAUUGCAGCACGGACGAUCCAGACGCCAAAACUCGAUUCGUUCGAGCGGACGACGAAGCCAAGUCUACCGUUUUGAAGCAUGCCAGAUACCGCGGCACACACAAAGCCAAUAUCAUCCCCAGCAAAGCCGCUACACUCGUCGAUCGUACUUUGAUACCCACCGUCGAAUGCCCUCACGGCGGCGUCGAAAUGACGUCGAAAUCGUGUACUCUAGCACCCGGCGCCCUCGCAGCAACACCUGUGGAGGAUUCGACACAACAUCCAGUCUAGACUGUAUCCGCGAGUCUGGGGCCUCCGUUGAUGAACCGGAAGAUAUUUUUGCGGAUGGAAACACGUAUAGAGGCACUACUCGAACUGCUAGUGCCCACGGCAUGUACGCAUUUUGA